AUGCUCCGCCCGCUUCUCUCCCGUCUCCCUGCCCGCAUCCACGGACUCUACUCGCGACUCGCCCUCCCGUCGACUGCGCCCCGGCCAAUGCCGCCAGCCCGUGGCAUGUCGACGGUCUCCUUCUCCCACGGCCGACAGUUCACCCGCAAGAUGCAGCGCUCGCCGUGGGUCACGGCUGCGCUAGUGGGCAUUCCGUUGCUCGGUGCCGGUUUUAUCCUCACUCAUCUGGAGGAGACCGAGUACACCCAUCGGACCCGGUUCAUCGCCGUCUCGCCCGAGCGCGAGCUCGCCAUGGGCCUCGAGUACCACAAGGAUGUGGUGAAGGAGGCCGGCAAUCUUGUCCUCCCGGCGUCGGCACCGCGGACGCGGAUGGUUGCUCGAGUCGCCUCGCGCAUCAUCGCGGCAAACAAUCUCAAGCGCAACAUCGACUGGGAGGUAACUGUGGUGGACAAGCCCAUCGUGAACGCCUUUGUCGUUCCCGGCGGCAAGAUCGUGGUCUACACCGGCAUCAUCGACGUCAUUUCCACCACCAAAGACCCCGAGGGUGCGCUUGCUGCCAUCCUUGCCCACGAAGUUGCCCACGUCAUCCUCCGCCACGGCGCUGAAAACGUCUCGUGGUCGUAUGUCAUCUCGGCCCUCGCCCUCGCCACCGCCGCCUACUUUGGCAUCUCGCCAGACUUUACCUCGUCGCUCGGCCAGCUUGCCUUCUCGCUCCCGCACUCGCGUGCUGCAGAGACCGAGGCCGACGUCGUCGGUGCAGAGCUCAUGGCUCGUGCCUGCUACUCUCCGGUCAUCGCCAGCGAGCUGUGGCACCACAUGGACCGCAUCGCCCCGAGCUCCGGCUUUGCCCUCCUUCGCACCCACCCGACAAACGCCGACCGUGCCGCUAAGCUCCAGGUCCUCUAUCCGCAAGUCCAGCCGGUCUUCCUGAACUGCGCCGAAGCUUUCCGUCACGCCAUCCACCACCCCAAGCUCGCGUAG